ACGCAGUUUCCCGCUUACUGCCUAUCUUAGCGCGCCCUCCGCUGGACGCCGCGCCUCGCGACUCCAAGUCCCUCCCCUUUCUUUCCCUCUGACUUUGAUUGGCUCAUGGGGCCAAACCUUAGUCUUCCGAUUGGUCGUCUGGGCCCGGCGUUGGACGGUAAUAUGGCAGCAGACUGCCCAGCGCAGCUUGUAGAAAGCAUGGGGUCCGUCUGGGAAAGAUUGCCUUAAUCCUCAGCUGGCCGGUGCUUCAGCUACCUGCGCUUGUCUUUGUCUGGCUACUGCCGGAAAGCUACCUCAGGGACUAUCGAUCAGCUGCAUCGGCCCAAGGGGCAAGGGGCAGUAGGACGCGAUGACGCAGUUGUGACGUACGCGUUGCGACGCAGCGUGAAGCGAGACGUUCCCGUCUUUCCUUCUCUUUCGUACUCGAGCGCUGCCUGAGAGCUCCCUCAGCGUGUACUGCCUCCUGAGGACAUGGCGGCGCCCCGGACUUGCGGGGACGCCGCCUGUUGCUCUCACCAGAGCGCUGUACCCAGCGUGCAGCAGACUCUGGAAGAGAUGGACUUCGAGAGAGGGAUCUGGUCAGCAGCACUGGAUGGAGACCUAGGACGGGUGAAACAUUUUAUUCAGAAGGAAACAGACCCUAGUCAACCUGAUCCUUCUGGAUAUACUGCCCUGCAUUAUGCCAGUCGAAAUGGGCACUAUGCUGUGUGCCAGUUUCUCCUGGAAAGUGGAGCCAAGUGUGAUGCUCAAACACAUGGGGGUGCAACAGCUUUGCAUCGAGCCAGCUAUUGUGGUCAUACUGAAGUGGUUCGACUACUAUUAUCCCAUGGAGCUAAUCCAGGUGUGGCAGAUGAUGAUGGAAUGACCAGCCUACACAAGGCUGCUGAGAGAGGUCACUUGGAUCUUUGUUGCCUUCUGCUGCAGCAUAGCCCAGCUUUGAAAGCUGUUCGGGACCGAAAGGCUCGGCUAGCCUGUGAUUUACUGCCCUGCAACAGUGACCUUCGAGACUUGCUUGCUAGCUGAAUAACCAGAUUUCUGUCUCAGGAAGGGUUCUGGAAUCUGGAUCCCCAAGCACCUUCCUCUACUCCUGCAUUCUACAGAAUGGGAAACUGAAACUCGGGGCUUGUGAGACUGAGCAAAAGAGAUAGGACCGUCUUGAGGGAGGUCACUGUCCAGGCCAGGAAGGGAACUUGGUGCAGGCGAUCCAGCCUGACAGGUGAUCAUAUUCUAAAUUAGCACAUUAGUAUAUUUAGUAUUCUAAAUUAGUGGAGAUGCCUAUCAAUGCUAUUUCCCUAGUUCAGUCAGUACCAAUGACCAGAUAAUUCUUAAGGGGAAACAGCUUUUCCCAAACCCCAGAACAAUCCUUUUUCUUGGAGUAAAAUAUUCAUUACCCAGAUAACCCAUUGAGUUAAUCUCAUUGUUAUGGUGCAAGUAGAGUCAGACUUAUUUUUAUUUUAGUAUUUUGCUGAGUCAUAACUCUUCAGUGACCUUAAAACUUGGAGGCAAGAAAUCAUCUAGAAUCUGUCAAAACUAUGUCAGAAGCAAAGUGUUAACUAGAUUAAAGAAAAUCCCAAGACAUGGGCUGCUUGGACCCACAAAGCAUUAAAGCACUUACAAGGAAAAUAGCUCUGAUAGUGUCACUCAUUUUGGAUUACCUCAGGUGAGAAUUCAAGAAGCAGGUUGGUGUAGUAAAGAGAGUGCUAGAUUUGGACUUAGAAUCUGAAUUUAAAUCCCAGCCUCAUUACUUACUACUUUUGUCAUCAUAAAUGAGCUAGACAAGACACAGCUCUAAAUCCUUGUUUUUAAAUCCUUGUUCAGUGAAUGUAGCCCUUUCAAACUUGAUCCAAGGCCAGGAGAAUAAUUUGUGCCACUACUGAAUCUUUAGAAAUUCUGGUUCUUUUCCCUAUUGCUUUGCUGUCCUCUUGGUCUGAUUAUGGAAUCAUCUUUCAUUAGCAUCUGUUUUUCUAUUGAAGGUCAAGAUUUUAACCAGCUAGAUAAAGAAUCAGACUACCCUUAUGGGAAAUAGGCACAGCCUGUCGGGGAUCAGGGAAGAAAAGCAUGGAAUUGGAUUUUAUGUUUGGGAAGAGGAAACAGGACUGGGUUUACUGGCUUUGCUCGACUUGGAAAAGGACUCUACAAGCUACAGCUUCACUUCAAUUAGGAGAAGUUUCCUGGUUUUGAACAGAGGCAAUAUAAAGACUUACUUUGCAUUGGUUGUGGAGCUCCUUUCUUGUUACCUAUUACUAAGAAUAUAGGCUUUAACAUUUUUAAUAAAGAAAAAAAAGUGCUCACAA